AUGGAUUUGAUAGAUGAUGAUACUUUAAACGGUCAAUCUACAUCAGUAUGCUCAUCAUCAUUACUGAUAACAAGUGAUAAUUCAUCAAAGAUUGACAAGAAUGAUUCGACUGACAAGGAUAUAUGUAUGGAAUUAAGAUGGGAUUUGUUACAUUUAAAUGAGCAGUCGUAUCUGGAAUACAAUGAACCGGAUUGUGGUGAUGAAGUUAUGUUGGGUAAUAUGCCGGAUUUAGUGAUGCAAUGUAUUUUUGAAUCAUUCAGUCUUCGUGAUCGUUGUAUGGCAUCUCAGGUAUGCAAACGAUGGCACUAUCUUCUGACCUGUAGAUUUCCAAUGGAAGAUGUAACAGUACUUAAUAUUUUCCAACAUCAAAUAUACAAAGAUAAAAUUAGUAAUAAUAAAAAUAUUGGAUUGAAAUGUUAUCAUAUUGAUAACGAUAGCUAUUUGCUAAUUGCUUUAAAGCAUUGUCGAAUAAUAAGUAGCGUUAAAAUAUGGUUUGCUGAUGCUACUUUUGCUGGCAAAGUAUUGAAAAAGUUAAAAGAAGCUAAAAUUCGUAUGAGAUGUUUGGAUCUUUAUCCAUACAAUACUGAAAAAGCAUUGGAACAAGCUUUCAGUUCAUUUCCCGAUCUUACUGGUAUGACAAUGCGACCACAUGGCCAAGAAUUUUUUUGGUCUGGAUUAGAUAUGUAUUCAUUUCCAAAAUUUACCAAAAUGGAUACACUUAUGUUAGAUGGAUUUAAUAUAAAACCGGAAGUUUUUCUACCAGAAAGUUUGACAACAUUGGAAUGGUUGAAUAGGAGUGGAAAAUUUCUUCGUAUAAUGCCAAAACUAAAAUAUUUAGUAAAUUUGGAAUAUUUAAUGUUAGGACAUGCGGAAUUUUUGGAUACAAAUGAAUUUGAUUCAUUUCUUCAAGUAAUCAGUUCGGAAAAUUUACCCAAAUUGCAAUAUCUUAUAUUUCGAUAUUGCAAAAUUGAUUCACAUCGACAAACUGUUGUGAUUAGAUCAUCAGAUGAUAGCAAUGAUGAUAAUGAUGAUAAUGAUAAUGGUAAUGAACAUCAGUUACAAAAUGAUCUAACUGAACGUGCAUGUGAACUUGACAUCAAACUUAAUUCACUUCAAAUGAUUAAAUUAGAUUUAUGCUAUACCGAUUUUGGUUUUGUCAUCCGACGAAUUAUUUCAUUCACGGGUUCAGCGAUGCGGGUAGUAUCAUUAAAUGUAAUCAGUGAAGAAACUAAUUACGAACGAAUCUAUGAUUUAUCAUCCUUAAUAGCUGGAAGAAAAUUAACGCUGCAUUUUGGAAUACUACAAAAGGAUACAAGAACGGAACGAAGAGAAGAAAUGUUGUUAAAUUCGAUGAAAUUACCGCCUGCAUCAUUUGGUAUGGUAUUAGGACGAUUUGAAGCAUCGUUUCUUACCGAUGAAAUACUUUUGCGCAAUUUACUAUUGACACACCCACUGCCACGUUUAACAGAUGUUAAAUUUAUUCAAGUAUCAGCUAUUACACCAGCAAUUCUUUUACAUCUUUCAUUGAUGGCUCCACGUUUACGAAAAUUAUCAUUGAUAAAUUGUGAGGAGGAUAAAUUGGAUAUUGGCAUUUUAAAUUUUAUUACCAAUUUUCCAAGUAGAAUGUCAAAAUCACUUCAGAUAAUUUGGAAACGAAAAUGUAAUCGAUCACAAUCAUUUUACAACAUAUUAAUUAAUGAGUAUUGGGAUAUAAUUAAAGACUAUAAAAUUCGUGUUAUUCCGAAAAAAUUUGCUGCCAAUAAAACGGGUGAAAAGAUUAUAAUAUGGGAAAUGGAAAUGAAGAAAACAUUGUAUUUACAGGAUUUUGAUGUUAAUGAUCAAGGUCGAAUAUUGGGUAUUGUAAUGCCACCUGAUUGUAAUUGUAAUAAUGAUUCAUAUGAUUCGGAAUUUUUUGAAAGCACUGAAAGUACUUCCAAUGCCUGUUUAUAA